CUAGAUAACUAAACAUUCGUCCGCUCGACGACGCGCUAUGCCGCGAAAUUGAAGUUUACCUAUUAUUCCGCGUCCCCCGCCCCCGCCGCUUUUUCUAGCUUCCUGAUUUGCAAAAUAGUGCAUCGCGUGACACGCUCGAGGUCACACGACAAUUAGGUCGAAAGUUACAGGAAUUUCGUCGUCCGCUCGACGAAAGUUUAGUAAUUACGUAAGUUUGGCAAAGAUGGAUUUGAGAAAACAAGAUGAGAAAAUACGUCAAUGGCUUGAGCAAGAUAUUGAGGAGGACAGUAAGGGAGAGUCAGACAAUUCAAGUUCGGAAACGGAAGAUAUUGUGGAGAUGGAAGUUCACAAAAAUACGAGCAGCGAAUCUGAUGUUUCCAGCGAGUCCGAUUACGAAUCCGUUUGCCCAAGUAAGAGACAGAGAACGCAAAUUAUUGAAUCAGAAGAAUCUGAUAACUCCGAAAGUAUUCGCCCAAGCAGAAGACAGACAAGUCGGGUUAUUGAUUCGGACGAAACUGAUGAGGAUGUAAUGAGCUCCACUCCUCAGAAUAUCCCUCGUAAUCCGAAUGUUAUUCAGCCAAGUUCCAGAUUCCUUUAUGGUAAAAAUAAACACAAAUGGUCGUCAGCAGCCAAACCAUCUUCUGUGCGAACUUCUAGAAGAAACAUCAUACAUUUUAUACCAGGACCAAAAGAAAGAGCAAGGGAAGUUUCUGAACCAAUUGAUAUAAUUUUCCCUGUUUAUAAGCGAAGAUAUGUUGCAACAAGUCGUGACAUUUACUAAUGCAGAGAUGCUUAUUAGAAAAAAUAAGUAUAAAACCGAGACGUUUACUGUAUCUCCUACCAAUUUGGAAGAAAUAAGAGCUUUGCUUGGUUUAUUGUUCAAUGCAGCAGCUAUGAAAAGUAAUCAUUUACCAACUCGCAUGCUUUUCAAUACUCAUCGAUCAGAAACGAUUUUCAAAGCUUGUAUGAGCACAGAACGAUUAAAUUUUCUUAUCAAAUGCCUCCGAUUUGAUGACAAGCUUACAAGAAAUGUAAGACAGCGAGAUGAUAGGUUUGCACCUAUACGUGACUUGUGGCAAGCAUUGAUAUCUAACUUUCAGAAAUGGUACACUCCAGGGUCCUAUAUUACCGUAGACGAACAGCUGGUCGGAUUUCGAGGAAGAUGUUCAUUUAGGAUGUAUAUUCCAAACAAGCCUAAUAAAUACGGAAUAAAACUUGUUAUGGCUGCAGAUGUAAACAGCAAAUAUAUAGUGAAUGCCAUUCCGUACUUGGGAAAAGGAACUGAUCCUCAAAAUCAACCGUUGGCUACGUUUUUUAUAAAAGAAAUAACGUCUACAUUACAUGGCACGAAUCGAAACAUAACCAUGGACAACUGGUUCACGUCUGUUCCCUUAGCUAACGAGCUGUUGAUGGCACCUUAUAAUUUGACAUUAGUGGGAACUCUAAGAAGUAAUAAACGAGAAAUUCCUGAAAAACUCAAAAAUUCUAAGUCACGCGCAAUUGGUACUUCGAUGUUUUGUUACGAUGGUGAUAAGACAUUAGUUUCAUACAAAGCCAAAUCUAAUAAAGUUGUUUUCAUCUUGUCUACAAUUCAUGAUCAACCUGACAUCAAUCAAGAAACAGGAAAACCAGAAAUGAUUCAUUUCUACAACAGUACAAAGGGUGCAGUAGAUACCGUGGACCAAAUGUGCUCCAGCAUUUCCACCAACAGAAAAACCCAAAGAUGGCCUUUGUGCGUGUUUUAUAACAUGUUGAAUCUAUCGAUUAUCAAUGCGUACGUUGUAUACGUUUCUAAUAAUGUUAGAAAUAAUAAAAAACCUAUGUCUCGGCGUGACUUCGUUAUAAAACUAGGAGACCAACUUAUGGAGCCCUGGCUGCGGCAGCGGUUGCAGACGGUGACUUUGAGACGUGAUAUCAAGGUCAUGAUACAAGAUAUCUUAGGGGAGUCUUCUGAUCUAGAAGCCCCUGUUCCUUCUGUGUCUAAUGUGCGUAAAAUCUGCUACCUAUGUCCUUCCAAAGCCCGAAGAAUGACAAAACACCGAUGCAUUAAAUGCAAACAGGCUAUUUGCGGGCCCCAUAAUGUUGACAUAUGUAGUCGCUGUAUUGAAUAGUUUCACUAAGUAAUUUUGUUCCUAUUUAGUAGAUAAGUAACACAUAAUUAUUGUGAUAUUCAAAACUUAAGAGGUUUAAUAAAUAAUAAUAAAAAAAAAAUGGUUUUUAUUUCGUAGUCUGCUCGACGAAUGUUUAGUUAUUACGUAACCGUGAAUAUAGUUUAGUAGUCUAG